AUGUUUUUCAAGUCUCUGGACCUGACAACUGCAUUGCGACCCUUGCUGUUACCUGACGAGACCCUUCUCUUUGUCCAGGAUGCGGUGGGGUUAUAUGAGGGGAAAUACAAGAUCCCUGACUACCAAAAUGGCCAUGCCUACUUGACCUCCCAUAGGGUGUGCUAUGUUGCAGCCGAAGAACCUCGUAAAUACUCUGUCGGCAUCGAUUUGAAGGAAGUCGACCGAGCCGAGUACCAGGUAGUGAAGCAGACCGUCCGAUCUACAGCCGGCUUCUUCAAGUCAUCACCUAAGAUCACACUAUAUCCCAAACCCCAGAAGGGAAAGACUGAUAAAUCCCGAAGCGCGACUGCCAGUCCUACAGUUUCGCAACAGUCUAGCCUACUCCCCGUUCACCCAUCCUCUCCUCGGCCACAGAGUGUUGUCCCACAGCAGGCGGCCUCACCAAAGCCAGUUAACGCGACCUGGAUCUGUCCAAUCUGUUCCUUUUCCAAUCCUGUACCCUCGAACUUCGACCCGGCCACGGCCACCGCAGCUACUCAUUUACCGCCAUGUCUCGCGUGCGGCAUCAAGCCGCCCUUUACAACAGUCCUCAAGGCUGCGAUCAGCGCCGCAACAAGUCGCGAUUCUCCAUUGCCCAGUACGACAGCUUUUCCGACCGAGAAUAAUACUGCCCACGAGAAUGGUAGUCUGUCGGGCCCUGCGGGCCUCGCCGGCUCCGUGUCGUGCUCCCGGUGCACAUUCGUGAAUCAUCCAUCGCUCAUGGAGUGUGAGAUGUGCGGGGCACCCUUGGCAACCGGUGGGCUUUCUAUACCCGGAGAUGAUUCCAGUCGCACCGACUCUCCUGCUCCAUUCUUUGCACAAUCUCGCAUCACCAAUUCAGAAGUCACCGACAGCAUCAAGCUUUCAUUCCGAAAUGGCGGGGAGAAGACCUUUCAUGAGAGACUCAAGGGAGCUUUGAUUCAAAGGAAAUGGCUACUCCAGAAUGCACCACCGGUGCCACCACCAUCGCAGGCCGGUGCCUCGACCAGCGGGCCCGCCAUUGCUGCUCUAGAGAGCCCGCAGCCUGCGGCACCACGUGCUACAGCUGUGGGAAUUGCGGGUCUAGAGCAACGAGGGCUAGAAACGCGGAUGAACAACCAACUGGUGAUUGGUAAUGCCUUUGAAGAUCUCGAGGCUUUGAUGGCUUCGGCCAAGCAGAUUGUGGCUCUAGCCGAGACCCUGGCCCGCGAGUCGGGAAUGACUACCAAUGAAGGAGCUUCUGCAGAAACCAACGCAGUACUAUCUGAGUCGGCUGCAGCACUAGGAAUGGUGACUACGAAGGACAUGCUGAGCUCUGGGUCGGAGAACCUCUAUUUAUCAGAGCUGUCUCGCAACCUGGCCGAGUACCUUACAGAUGAUCGCAAGGGAAUUCUACAUCGGGAAGGAGGUAUUAUGAGCCUGAUUGACCUUUGGGCAGUGUUCAAUCGGUCUCGUAAUGGAGUUGAACUCGUCAGUCCCUCCGAUUUCCAGCGAGCAGCCGAGCUCUGGGAGAAGUUGAAACUGCCUGUGCGCCUACGCCGGUUCAAGAGUGGUCUCUUGGUGGUUCAGCGUUAUGACUGGAGCGAUGAGAAGACGGUCCGGCAGUUACAGGAAUGGAUGGAGGAAUUGCGACGAGUCCCACCAGACGAAUCGGUUCCGUGGGAUUGGACCGUUUUUGGUCGGGCCGUGACGGCACAGGAAGCCGCCCAGCGAUUCAAGUGGAGUGUGGGUGUGGCUGCAGAAGAGCUAGAGAUGGCAGAAGACCGGGGGGUGCUAUGUCGAGAGGAAGGGAUAGAGGGUCUGCGGUUCUGGAGUAACCAUAUAGUAGCAUAG